AUGGUGCUCACCCGGUCUCCUACCCGUAAGGAGGCGACUAAUCGUCCUCCCCCUGAACCCCCCACGCCCCCUCCACCUUCUUCUCCACCUUUACCGAGCCAUUCUAGGGCCUUUUUAACAUCGGCUGGCCCCUCCGACCGCACCCAAACAAAUAUUUCACCCGUUUGCGAAAUCGGCACUCUGCUCACCCCCAAUGUGGACCUCCAAGUGCCUUCCGACCCAGAAACGCCUCGUCUGCAGUACAUGUCGGACAGUGAGUCGGCUAGCAGCUCACAAAUUAGCAUCGCAAGCACAAGCACAAGCAUCAAUCCCCAAUUAUCCAUACCUCAAAUACCUACAAAAACUGCACCUACCCCUAAACCAACCACUAGUAAAUCCGGCAAGUCAUCAGCCAGCAACACGGUCAUCGAGUUGCCGGCUCGCUCGGAUGAGGUGAAAGGCAUAGACUCCUUCAUGGCCGUAAUCACCAAAUUAACGUACACUAUAAAUAAAGCCGUCAAUGAGGGGAAAAGUGUAACAGCCAACAACAAGCGACUCAUUGCGGCAGCGGCGCAAGAGAUCCAGAGAACUGCGCAAGCGCUGGUCAAGAUCAAUGAGGCCGAGCCCGCUACUGUGCCCCCGACUGCUGAAACUCUCCCGGAUCAGAGCUCAAUUGUCUCUGUAAUCCGUGAGAGCAUUCGCGAGGAGCUAAAAGCGAUGUUGCCCGCCUCAGUACCCGCUCCGCCAAUACUCACCAAAUCCUUCGCCGCGGCCGUGUCGGCGCCGCCUCCACCCAAGCUCUCUCCCCCUGCGCGUACACUGCCUUCGAUCAUCGUGAAGGCCAAGGAAACCGGUGACAAGCAGCCGGUGGUGUACGAUGAGUGGAAGAAAAAUAUAUCUUUCCGUAAUACUACCUAUGCUCCCUCAAAAGUGAAAUCUUUGCGCCAGAAUAUGUUAAAAGUUGAGUUCGACACCGCCGAACAGCGCAACGAAGUGUUGCAAAAAGUCAACAACAUCCCCGGUAUUGUCGCAGAGGAGUCUAAACUCCGCCGACCCCUCAUCAUCCUAAAGGGAGUCAGCAAGGAGAUACAGAGAGAGGAAUUGGUGGACAUAGUGAGCCACCAAAAUCAAAUUCCACCUGAGGACAUCCGGCUCUGCUUUCUCCUGAAGAAUCGUAAUGACCGCUUCUUCAAUGCGGUGCUAGAAGUUGCUCCGGCGAUCCGGCGCAGGUUAGUUGAAGGCGAGCGUGCGAACGUGGAGCACCAGCGGGUGCACGUGGCGGACUUUAGCCGCUUUGUGCAAUGUUAUAAGUGCCUGCAGUUCGGGCACACUAACAGCAAGUGCACCGCUGAGUUCUACCCGUGCGCCCACUGCGGCUCCACUGCACACCACAUCAACUCUUGCCCCGACCGCGCCGACCCCAGCAAAAAAUGUUGCUUUAACUGCAAGUCCGUACGCAGCGCUAAUACCAACCACACAGCCACAGACAACAAAAAUUGCCCCAGAAUAUGCAACCUUCAGCGCUCAUACGUUUCACAGCAGGAGUUCUUUAGGCACUUCCACCUAAACUCCUAUGACGUUGCUCUUCUCUCUGAACCGUAUGUUGGUGCUUCCUUGGAGGUAAAACCCCCUCCGGGCAUCACAAUCCAUCAGUUCCCGAAAGGAUCACGUGUCAAAGCGUGUAUCGCUACCACAUCAAAAGUGGCCGCGCUGGGACUUACGCAGCUAUCCACCGCAAACUUGGUCGUCAUUAGAGUCAGUCUGGGACUCAACAAUUUGGAAAUUGCAUCUUUCUACGUCGAACCUAACGUGGAUAACGACGACACCUUAGGUAAAUUGGACCGGUUCCUUAGUACAGCAGGCUCCGCCUGGAGACUGGUCGGCGGCGAUGCCAAUGGCAGUCACCAGGAGUGGGGCGAAAGAUCAGCGAACUCUCGCGGGGAGGAUCUCGUUGCGGUAAUGGCAUCGUACAACAUGUCCGUUUGCAACGUGGGUCACGACCCUACUUUUGAGGCCAUCCGGCACGGCGCUCACUGCUCCUCGAUAGUCGACGUUACCUAUGCGUCUCAAAGCCUGGCAGACGCGGUACACAAUUGGGGAGUCAAUCGCGACGCUUGCCCGUCCUCGGACCACAAUGCAGUUGACUAUGAACUGUUCACUCUGUCCAGACCUGAUAAGCCGAAAAGUAGCACCACCUUCAGAUUCUCUACAUAUCGAGCCGACUGGAGCAGGUUCCACGAAAAACUCAAUGAGAGAUUGGAGCCGCUGGUCGAUUCGACUGAUUUCGGCUCCCUCACCGACACCGGCCUGGAUCGUGUGGUAGACCGUCUUACCGCAAUUGUUCAGGACGUCUGCUACAGCGUGCUUCCCCGCAAACCGGGCCCCAAGUUUUAUAACCCGUGGUGGUCCGAAGCAUUAGAACAGCAAAAGAAAGAGUGCAUACGACUUCACCACCGUCUCCAUGACCUCAAGAAAGCAAAGAAACCUCUAGAUGAUGCUAUUAAAGUAUACCGGGAAGCAAAGCAGGAAUAUGCACGGACUUUGUCCAAAAUAUCUACGGAGCAUUUCCGAAAGUUUUGUGAGUCUCAGGGCAAGGAGGACGUUUGGGCCGUCACGAACAGAAUUAUCAAGGAGUCCCCGUUGAGAAGACCUCCACAAACUCUUAAAUGCGACGGGAGUUUCACUGAUAGUGGCCUCAACACAGCCUCCGCACUCCUACAACACUUCUAUCCCGAUGACACCUUGGAUAGUUCGGAUCAACAUAAAGAAAUGCGCGCUACUAUGAACAAUCUACCUAGCGCAGAGGACGACUUACCAUUCUCUGUAGCGGAAAUCAGGGAGUGCUUCUCUCACAUCAGUCCGAAAAAGGCCCCUGGAGCCGAUCACUUGACGGCGGACAUUUGCUGCGCAGCAUUUGAAGCACAACCUGAGUUCGUUACAGCUCUCUACAAUAGGUGUUUGCAGACUGGUCACUUCCCGAAGUCCUGGAAGAGAGCCGUGGUCAAAAUUCUGCCUAAACCCGGUAAAACAGACAUGGAUUCACUAAGUUCUUAUAGACCCAUUGGUUUGAUUUGUGUGUUUGGAAAAAUAUUGGAGAAGCUAAUCGUGAAAAGGAUAAUGUAUAAGGCUGAAUGUGAAAACUCUCUAAGCGACAGACAGUACGGCUUCAGAGAGCAGGUCUCUACGACGGACGCUCUUGAUAAGGCCUUAGAAGUCGUAAAGAGAGCAAAAUCGAAGGGCCUACAAAUAGUCGCCGUCUCGCUCGACAUAAAAGCAGCUUUCGACAACGCUUGGUGGCCGGCUCUAUUCGCUCGCCUCAAACAUAUAAAAUGUCCCAACAAUAUUUACCGCCUCGUUCUGGACUACGUUUCAGACAGGAUCGUCACGCUGGACUACGCCAACAGUACAGCAUCUAAAAAGAUGACUAAAGGCUGCGUCCAAGGCUCUGCUUGCGGCCCGGUGUUCUGGAACCUAAUCCUGGACGAGUUGCUCACCAUGCCACUGCCACAGGGCACCCACAUACAGGCCUUCGCAGAUGACGUGUUGCUGAUAGUGGAGGGCGCGACGCGGGAAUACGUGGAAGCGGCCGCCUCCACCAGCCUCGACCUCAUUAGCUCUUGGGGGGAACGGGUCAAACUCAAGUUCGGUCCGGACAAAACCCAAUGCAUUUCGUUUUCAUUAAAAACUAAUUCGGCUACCAUUAAAAUGCGCAAUAGUGUAAUACCUUUAACUGAUCAAAAAAAAAUCCUGGGCGUAAUUAUAGAUUCUAAGCUAAACUUUAUCCAACAUGUUAACUACGCUAUUAAUAAAGCCAGUAAAAUAUUCAAAAACCUAUGUAAGUUUGUCCGACCAACUUGGGGCGUUCACCCCGAGAAUGUCGAGUGCAUAUAUCGGCAAGUCAUCGUCCCUAUCAUCACAUAUGCUGCAGGUAUCUGGGGUACGGCCACUAGAUUUUACUCUGUGCGCCGAGCCCUCAGAUCUUUCCAACGGAGCUUUGCCAUCAGAGCAAUUCGCGGCUUUCAUACUAUCUCGGCAGUUGCGGCACUUGCGUUAGCUCAAUUUGCUCCCCUCCACCUAAUAAUAAACGAAACAUUCCACAUCCACAACAUCAAACGGACCGGAACAUGCAAAGAACUGCCUGACGAUAUAAUACUAUAUCCAAAAUCCAAAGUCAGAGAACUCUUACAUCCGGCCAACCGGGUCACCAUAAAUUACGAUGAAGCUACCACGCAGGAAGAAACCACUGCUCUAAUAAAUCCUGAUGCUCCAAAUAUUUUCACGGACGGUAGCAAGAAAGAAGACGGACAAGCGGGGGCUUCGUUCGUGGUGAUGCGGGAAGGACAGCAACCUGUAAUCAAGAAAUUCAAAUUGUGCCGCACUGCCACAGUUUUUAUGUGCGAGUUAUUCGCCAUAGCCGAAGCUCUCAAGUGGCUCACAAAUGUAAACGCUAACUUUACUGAAGCUCUCAUCUUCUCGGACUCCCAAUCAUCCCUCAAGGCCAUUCAAGACCGUAGCAACACCGACCCAUUAGUGAACCAAAUUCACCACCUCAUCUCUUUCCUCUCCUCCAUCCGUAUAAUAGUCAAAUUCGUCUGGUCUAAGGCUCAUGUUGGCAUAGUGGGGAACGAGAUAGCAGACGCUGCGGCUAAGGAGGCCGCUGAGAAGAAAACCGCAACUCUGCUAAAUCAUUUCCCACUCUCACACGCCAAGCGUCUUCUGCGCCAGCACACUUUAGACGCCUGGCAGUGCGAAUAUGAGUCGGCCCCGCAAGGGUCCGUAACAAGGUCCUUCUUUCCAUCUAUCUUUGCAAUAGCCCAAUUCCGACAGUACAUUAAACCUUCGUUCUCCGUCACUCAAAUCUUAUCAGGUCAUGGAUAUCAUAAGUCAUACCUACACAAGUACAAAAUCACUGAGGACGAUCGUUGUCCUUGUGACGACGUGACUCCACAGGACGUCCACCAUCUUCUUAAAUCCUGCCCAAUAUUCCGUAAGCACCGAGAAACAUAUAUAAUGACAUGCCUCAAUAAGAACUUAGAACCAUUUAACAUGAACACUGUACAUAAAUCUGAAGACGCCGUAAAAUAUUUAGUAGAACAUAUAAACCAAAUAGUAAAUCAUUUAAAACGGAUCAACGGCACCUAG